UUUCAAGAUAACAUCACGUUGUUGAAGUUAUUCAGGGCUUGAACGAUUAACUAACCAGAUGGCUGUGAUGCUCGUGCUGACAAAUUGACCGGUCUUUCCCCCACAGUGACCCAGUUUUCAUUGACGAUGGGCUGCAACCUUCUGUAAGGUCAUCAAGCCUCCCUCACCAAUUAAACUAUGUAAAGCCUCUGGUUUGCAAUGGAUUCAUCACGGGAUGGGAGAAGCAGGGCAAAAUCUCGUGGUAAAUAUACCACCAAAGCGUGCGAAGAAUGCCGUCGGCGGCGAGCUAAGUGUGACGGGGUAAAACCAUCAUGCUCCAGAUGCCUUCAGUGGAAUGUGUCAUGUCAAUAUUCAGGCACUGAAGAUGGGCGCCGACCGGCUUCUAAGUCGUACGUCCUACUCCUCAGGCAGCGUAUCGAAUCGCUGGAGAAGCUGCUAGAUCAGCACGGUAUCAACACCAUAGAUCAUGGUUCGCAGCCUCCUGGAAAAGGCUUGGAUAGCUACUUGGUAAAUGAAAAAAUAGACGAGACAUGCUCCGCGAUGGAUAGUCUAUGUGAAUCUCUCAAAGGCCAAUUAUCGCUGGACGAGUCAUUGAACUUUGACAAAGAUGGGGAGAUGCGGUACUUCGGGCCUACCAGUGGGCGACUGGGAUUCCAGGGCCUUCCGUCAAGCGGUGAAACCCGAGAGAUCUCACAACAUGAACCCCAGGCGGAUGCUGCGCUCAAUAGCAUCGAUGACUACCUCGAGCUGACAGUAACUAGUCCAAUGAUCGACGAAAUCCCUAUCUCUUUGCAGAACGAGCUCAUUAACCUUUACUUUACAUGGGAACAACCAUGGUAUCCCAUCGUCGACGAGACUCUAUUCAGGGAGAGCAUGAGCUCCCUGGGAAAAUACUGGAGUCCACUGCUUCAUUACUCUAUUCUCGCUUUAGGCUCUCGAUAUUGCGAUAGCUUGCAAGUCCGACUAGAUUCAAAUGAUCCAAACUCAGCCGGUCUGGAGUUACUCUCCCGAGCGAAGAGUCUUCUACACUUAGAGAUGGAAAAUCCUACUCUUGUCACUAUUCAGGCUUUAGGGGUCAUUGGCAUGGUCUACUUUGCAAUCGGCAAAGAUGCUGCUGGAUGGCUUCACCAUGGCAUGGCGGACCGACUGUGUCUUGACAUGGGCUUGAACAUGGAUCCGGCAGGCUUUGCAGGCACGGUCACUAUAUCAGCCAGGGAGGCACGCUUGAGAAGGCAAAUUUAUUGGACACUGUAUUGUCAUGACAAACUUUCCGCUACUUAUACGGGGCGGAUAUGCUCGAUGCUCGAUCAGCAAGGCGCUGUCGAGUUACCAUCAGAUAUGGGCGAUUCCGCGGAGACCGUGGAGACACCUGCGGAGAUUCAAAACACGGUGGUCCCUCUGCAAAGAGCACUGAUCGGAAUCUGCAAAAUCACCGAGAACAUCCUUCUCUCAAUGUGGGGUCCCAAACCACUCGUGAAGGGGACGGAGCGGCCGGAAUUUCUCGAAUCCAACCUUCUCGCUCUAAGAUCUUGGUUCUACGAUCUUCCUCAGCACCUCAGGAUUGACCGUCCCAACCCUGUGCCUCAGGCAUAUACCCUUCAUAUGGUAUAUCAUACGACGAAGAUUCUACUUGCCAAACCAUUCCUGAUGGACCCUUACUACUACGACUCACCUGAUACAAGGACUAAGACGAUGGAGAAGGCUCAAACCGUAUGCAGGGACUCCGCUAAGACAAUGUGUGUGGUGGCUCAGAAAUACUGCCGGACAUUUGGCAAUUUCCGACGUAGUCCAAUUUCAGCCAUGCAUAGCACGCUAUCAGCAGCUCGGGUCAUUCUGGAGGAGCCAGACUGUCCGUCUAAGCGCAACCAGCUGCGAAUAUGUCUUGCUGCACUUGAUGGACUGUCUAAGUCAUGGCAUCCCGCACGACAUAUUGCGAAUAAUCUUAGAAGGCUUUGUCCCAUGCUGCCUAGCGAGGUGUCACCCGAGGAUGGUAACAUCACUGCGGUUGACCUUGACAUCCAUGAUCCUACACAAAAGCCUUUCGAUCUAUUUGGCACUACUAGUGACGGGGCUAUUCCGGAGCUGCAUCAUAUGCUCGGUACUGAUCUCGCGCCUUGGAGUCAGCUACCAGACGACUGCGGAUACUUUGACUUGUUGAACCAGGCCACAUUGGACCACGCAUGGUAA